AUGUAAGUCUUAUGUCAUUACUCUAUACCUUAAUUUUACACUACUACAAAUAUCAUUUCUUUGAUUUAUAUCAGCAUCAAGAAUUCAAAGUAUUAUAAUUACUGAAAUAUUAGCUUAUAAUUUGAUUGGCUAACCUUAACCUUACAAAUUUUACAAUUUCUCAUCAGUUUAAUACUUAUGGUAUUAAUUUUCAUUAGACACAAAUAUCAAAUCAGAAAACCUCUCCUUAUUGCACUGGCUAUUAGUUUUUGUGCUAUCUCAAUUAUUUUGUUGAUAUAAUAGUUUGAUUACUAUUAUUUGAUGUUGAUAAUCUUUCAACAACUGGCUUUGUGUUUGCUCAUGUCCUUAUUAAUCUUAAACAAAAACUUAAUUGGAUUUGGCAUAGUAAUUUAAAUAUACAUGAUUGGAUUUUUAAUUGAUUUUCUCUCAUUUGAUAUAUGGUAUAAAUUAAUAAGUAUUAAUAUAGGAUAUUCAAAGAUUAGUUCAGUUUGAAUAGAAGCAUAGCUAUUAUGGGAUUUGGUGCAGUUGGAUUAAUUAUAUUUGUAUUGUGUAUGUUAAGUCGCUUAAAGCCUGAAGGAAAAUUAAAGCAAGAAUUACAUAUAAUUGUUGGUUUCUAUAUAUUUUGUGAACUCUUUAUAUGUUGUAAUAUAAUCACUGAAAUGAUUAACGUAAAAAUUUUAUUCUAUUUUUAGAAUGUUUGUAAUAUUUACUUAAUUGAUCUUAUACUAUUGAAAAUUUCUAAUGUGUUUUUAGACAUUCUUAUUUUUCCAUUUGCCAAAUAUAAUGUUCCUAAAAUGUAAAUUUCUAAAAGUUAAAUCUCAAGUGAAAUCAUAGAAAAUUAUAAUACUAAAAAUUUAGAAUGUAAUGUUAUUGCAACAAAGGAGAGUGAAUCUGAAUUAAAUAGUGCUCUAAAGAUUAGAUCUGAUAAACAUAUAGUUGUAUUAAGAUAAGAACAAAAUGCUACGAAUAAAUGGAUUCAAUCACUUUUAGAAAUUUAUUGA